AUGUCUGACCGCGCAGCCGCCCCGACUCUCUCGAACCCACUGCCCGAAGCCGCGCAACCGCAGAACCAAGCACAGAACGCUUCCUCGACUUCCUCGGCAGCAUCAAAUGUAGCAGUGCAGCAGAGCGACAAUGUUGCUCACGCGCUUGCUGGAGCAGGAGGCGGGCUAUUGUCCAUGGCAUUGACAUACCCAUUGAUCACACUGUCCACAAGAGCACAGAUCGAGAGGAAGAAGGCGAAGACAGGUACACUGUCCGCCAUCAAGCGUAUCGUCGACCGCGAGGGUAUCGCAGGACUCUAUGCCGGCCUGGACAGUGCAUUGUUUGGGAUCACGAUUACGAACUUCGUGUACUACUACUGGUACGAAUUCUCUCGCGACUUCUUUCAACGCACAACCAAGAAGACCCGCCUCAGCGCCCUGGAAUCCAUGGCCGCUGGUGCCCUCGCGGGAAGUGCCACAGUCCUCCUCACGAACCCGAUCUGGGUCGUAAAUACCCGCAUGACGACACGCAAACAACAAGAAGAAGCGAACGAUCCUUCCCUUCCCACGGCCGAGAACAGUGACGCCGCGACACAGACCAAAGCGAACAGUCCAAGCACGAUCUCGACCUUCCUCAAGAUCAUCCGGGAGGAUGGAUUCACUCGUCUCUUUGCUGGUGUGCUGCCAGCCUUGGUGCUGGUGAUCAACCCAAUCUUACAGUAUACUAUCUUCGAGCAGCUGAAGCAGGUCUUGGAGAAACGACGAAAAGUCACUGCACGUGAUAGCUUCUUGCUAGGAGCUCUUGGCAAGUUGGCUGCUACAACCAUUACUUACCCGUAUAUCACUGUCAAGUCCCGUGCGCAUGUGGCGACAGGUGCAGGGAGUAAGGAGGGCAUGACUGCUAGCUUGAGGAGGAUUGUGCGCGAGGAGGGUGUCGGUGGCCUGUAUGGCGGUAUUGCUGCGAAGGCUACGCAAUCUGUGUUAACCGCGGCAUUCUUGUUCGCGUUCAAGGAUGUGCUAUACGACGCGACUAUCAAGGCUCGGCGAAGGGUUGCCCAGAAGGUCUGA